ACGGUGAGAGUAAUUCCUCCUGCUGCGGUCCCCUUCGAGCCGGUCCCAGUGCCCCUCUACCAGUACACGCAGCACACCGUGACGCAGCAGCAGCAGCAGCAGCAGCAGCAGCCAGUGCCGGCCUUCUCUGAACCCUGGAUCCGCACGAAGCUGGGGGAUAUGCCAUUUGCUGAGUUCGAGCGGCUUAACAAUGAAGACUCUUUGGCUUCGAGUCCCCGUGCUGCUGCUUCGCUAGUGCGUUCCAUAAGCUGCACUGCUGCGCAGCAGCAGCAGCAGCAGCAGCAGGAGCAGCAGCAGCAGAUGUAUCUGCAGCUGCAGCAGAAGCAGCAAGAGGCUGCCGCGGAGCAGCGAAGACGCAAGCAGGAGGAAGAAGAACGGCGGCUGCGGCUGCUGCAGCAGCAGGCAGAGCAGGAGCGGCAGCGCCUGCUGCAGCUGCAGCAGCAGCAGCGGCAGCGGGAAGAGGAGGCUCGCAUUGCCUACGAGCAGCAGGAGCAGCAGCGGCUGCAGCAGCUGCAGCGGCUGGAGGAGCAACGGAGGGAAGCAGAGGCGCGGCGGCAGCAGGAGCUGCAGCUGCUGCAGCAGCAGCUGCAGCAGCAGCGCGAGCAGCAAGAGGCGGAGAUGCAGCAGCGGCUGGAGGAGGAGAAGCGCCGGAGAGAAGAAGAAAGACAGAAGCUCCUUGAGCAGCUGCAGCAGGAGAGAGAACACCGGGAGCAGCUGCAGCGGCAGCAGCAGCAGCGGCAGCUAGAGGAACUUAUGCAAAUUCAAGAUAGACAAAGAAAGGAGCAGGAAGAGCGGCAGCAGCGGUUUCUGCAGCAGCAGGAGCAGGCAAUGGCGAAGCUGCUGCAGCAGCAGCAGAAGCAGCAGAAGCAGCUCCAGGCGGAGCUUAAGUCCCACCACGAACGGCUGCAGCAGCAGCAGCAGCUGCUUCGGGUGCAGCAGGAAGAAGCCCUCAAGCAGCUGCAGCAAGACCACUUGCUGCAGCAGCAGCGCCUUGCUGCUGACUCCGACCGCCGCGCAGAAGCUCUUUGGGUGCAGCUCGAAGCUGCCAGCAGGUCUUGUGUCACUUCUCCAGAGCCUUCUAAGGCGGCGCCGGAGGGCAGCAGCGAAGUGCUGAUAGAAACGCGGUUUGGCCUGAUGCCCUAUUCCCAGUUUGUUGCCCUUAACCAGGCCAACACUCUCAAGGGCUAUCGCUGCGUAGCGGGCGCAGUGGCUGCGCUCACUACAGAGCAGCAGCAACAGCAGCAGCAGCAGCAGCAGCAUGCGAGUGUUUUGCUGCAGGGGCCCGGCGAGCCAGUUUCAAGAAACGAGCACCUACGAAGGCACGGCCUCGAGCGGCAGCGGGAGGCUGUGGGGGGGGCCCCCGAGGAGGCCGUGGGGCCCCUGCCGUGCGUGCCGGUGGGGGCCCCCCAGUACUACAGCUACGUGGGGGGGCCCCCGGGGGCCCCCGCGUUCGCAGGGUACCUGGUGGAGGGGGGGACCCCCAGCAGCAGCAGCAGCAGCAGCUGCCUGCUGCCCAGCGGCGAGGAAGCAGCAGAACUGCAGGCCGAGGCCCAGCGCAUUGGCCAGGAAGCUGUGGCUGUGGGGUCUCAGGUGUAUGGGGAGGUCAAAAGCGCUGUCACCUCGCAGACAGCUCAGGGCCUCUUCAACUCCGUGGGGGGCCUCGUCAAGGACGCCUACCACAGGCUCCGCGCAGCCACGCACUGA